AGAGAGGAGGGACGGCUUCCGGUGUUUGAGGUGUGUUUGAGCGCGAGAAGGCGCUCCUCCUCCCCCCGCGGCCAGAGGGCAGACAGAAUGUCCUGCACUGAGUGAGAUUGCAGACGAGAGGGAAAGCCACGCACAGACUCUUUGAGAGUGAAGACUGACAGCCAUGUCCUAUCUGCACGGAUUCCGACGGAUUAUUUUUGAGUAUCAGCCACUGGUCGAUGAGAUUCUUGAUGUUUUGGGACUAAAGGAGACACCCAGGAAGGAGGCCGGGGACCCUGGGGACGGAUGCGCGGAGGGCGGGGCCGGGUGCUCGGCUUUGCCGGAGCUGCUGGCGAGGGAGGCGGAGUCUGCCUUCUACACGGAUGCCGUCAGCUACUCGCUGCUCAAAGUGGCUGAAGCCGGACGGGUCAGUGCUGCCGAGGAGCUGCUGUCACAUGGAGCUGAUCUGAGCUUCGAAGAUCCCGUGACAUAUUACACGUCUCUGCACGUGGCCGUGCUGCGCAACCAGCCCGAUAUGGUGGCCCUCUUGGUGCGGCGCGGAGCGGACAUCAACAGGCGAGACCGGGUUCACCGGAGCAGCCCGCUGGAUCUAGCGAGCGAGGAGGCGGAGCGAGUGCCGUGCCUGCGACGGCUCCUGGAACUCGGGGCCGACGUCAACGGCGUCGAUAAAACCGGCAAAUCCGCGCUGCUGCACGCCCUGGCCAGCAGUGACGGGAUCCAGAUCCACAACACACAUAACAUCCGGCUGCUACUCGAGGCAGGCGCUGACGUCAAAGCCACGAUGUCGGAUGGUGACAAUGUCUUCACGAAUCUGAUCUUCCUGUUGGGGGAGACGGAGGGCAGAGAGCCGGAGGAGACAGCAGCCCUGCGACAGUUCUGUUUGGAAGCCACACAGUUGCUGCUGAGUCACUCGGCUGAGCCGAACGCCUGCCCACCCGAGGAGUCCCUUGUCUACGUCUGCAUUAACCAGUAUGAAGUCCACCUGCCAUUGCUGCGAGCGCUCCUGGACUCUGGGGCCUGCUGCUACUGCCCACAGCAUGGCCCUUCCUGCUGGUCUGGUUUCACCCUCGUCUUUGAGAGACUCCGCGUGUUGAUGAACUGCUCGGACUCCGGCAUAACCCAUACAGACGCCUUGUGCCGAGCAGAGACUGCUCUCGAGCUGAUGGUGGGCAGUACAGCUCACCCCAAAAUACCUUCAGGUUGGAAGGUUAUACCCUCAGCUUACCCUGUCCACACAGAACAUGUCCUUGGACUCUACAGAUCUCUGAAGCUGAUGGGGAGUUCUCCAGCUACACUGAAACACCUCUGCAGGGUAUCCAUUAAAUGUCUUCUGCGGCCCGUGCCCUUAGAUGCCAAAGUGAAAGCUUUGCCUUUGCCAGACCGACUGAAGUGGUUCCUGCUAUUGGAAAAUGGCAAGGGGGCGGAGGAGGAGAUUCAGUGACGAUGUGAGAGGAGGCACAGAUGCAGCUGUUGGAGAUUGUGUGUGAGAAGCUGACUUUUCCAUCAGCUAUAGGACAGCAGAGCCUCAGCUUCUCACGCUGUUUGGGCCACAAGCACCCAUUUGCUCUUGCACACAAUCUCACAUCCAAGCAGUCAGCAGCGUGGACGAGAGGCUUGUGGAAACAUUGCACAAGUGAAAUCAGCGUCGUGUGCCACUACUGUCAAGCACUCUGGGACGCUACCCCUCGUGAGAGGUGCUACAUAAAUGCAAGUUGUUGUUGUUGCACUGGCCUGGUCUGUGGUGUGCUGCUGCCAGCUAGCACUGCAAAGACUUUUCAUUAACAGUGAGUUCUUGCUAUGAGAAUGGGAAAUUCUUCCCUAUAACUGAUUUCUCUUUUGUUUCCACCUUAUUCCCAAUCCCUGCAAUUGUGAGCAGAUUGUUAGGGAAACGCGUGUGGUUGGGGGGUGGGGGCUCUGAGUUAGCUCCACAGCAGAUGAGCUGGUGGGGAUGGAGCCCCCAAGUUCUAGCUGUUAGUGAGAUUGGUUGCUGACACAGCAUUGCUUGGUUCUCCCUGACCAGUGCUUCCCUUGCGAUGGCUCUUUGAUUUGUGAAUAAUUCAAUGAAUUGGUUCCCCCAUUCUCCUCACUGUUGAUUUCUCUUCCGAACAUAAAGGGAUUUCUCUCCAGAUGGCUCAUACUCUUUCCUCCGCGCGCUCACUGUGGCCAGCCUACUGCAUGCUGACUAUCCCGCUCUGUGCUGUCACUCAAGUCUGCGAGAGCAGCCUGUGGGGAACAGCUGACAGCACAAACCAGGGAUCAAACCUGGGACCUUCCUGACCUUGCUCCUGAAAUAACAGCAGCCGAGGCUGGGAGAUAUGCUUGAACGUCAGGCUGUUUGGCUCCUAAUUCCGCCAUGAUUAUUUCAGGACUGUAGUUGUUGCAUUUGCAUGUCAUUGCACUUUUCCUUUGAGAAACAGUGGCAACUCCAAAAAGGCUCUGGGAUAAUGUGAUUGGAUAUUUCAGCUGCUUCGGAGAGGGAUUAUUUCAGGCUUUUUCCUUUGAGUCUAUGUAGACACUGCAAUUACAACUCGUUCUUGUUGAUUUGUGCUGUUGUAGCUAACUUUCACAAAUUUUUUGUACAGUUUUUAACAUUGUAUUUGACGCUCUGUGGGAGCUCUCAAAAUGACUUCACAAUAUUUACAGCAAUGCUGAAAUAAUUGACACUCCGCAUUCUACAUAAUUAUAUGUAACUUCAAAAUGACCAGAAUAAGAGAGAAGCAUGAGAAUACUGUUGGUAAAAGGUGCCAGGCGUGAGGAACAAACUACCAGCACAGCGAGGGGUUCAUAAAGGAACCAGGAAAAAUCUGGAAAUUAAAAGGAUUCAUGGUUUAUAGAAUCUUACAGCAUGGAAGGAGGUCAUUCGGCCCAUCGUGCCUGUGCUGGCUCUUUGGGAGAACCAUCAAGUAAUCCCACUCCCCGCUCUUACCCCGUAGCCCUGCAAAUGUUUCCUUUUCAAGUACCUAUCCAAUUCCCUUUUGAACUCUGCUUAUUAAUGAUGAGAUGAAAAUAAUGUUUUGGAAAGCUGGACUGGAGUAACUGCUGCUAUGCUGCUGGAGUGAGAGGCGAGUCUUCCUCUGGGAUCGGUCUCUCCUGGGGUAUCUAACUGGUCUGUACUGUGUGAGGGAGUCUGCUCUAGCCUGGCCACAUUUGAUUCGAGCCUAUGUCCAUUACUAACAGGGCAUCCUGUGCCAUAGAUAGGUGUCCCCCUGGCUUGGUUGGUAGCACUCUUACCUUCGAAUUAGAAGAUUGUGGGUUCAAGCCCCAGAUUGGGAUUUUGAAUUAGGCUGUCACUCCCAAUACCGUGCCAGGGAAGCAUCGUGUUGUCAGAGGUGCCAUCCUUCAGCUGAGAUAUUAAACCAAGGCCUAUCUAUUCGUUCAAGAUGAUUUGAUAUCCCAUCACACUUUUGGAAAGGAAGUUUCUUGCCAACAAUUCCCCAGGUAAAAUUAGUAAUUUACUUCAUGGCUGUUUGUGCGACAUCGCUGGGCAAAAUUGGUUGUUGCAUUCACCAACAAUUAGUCAGACUUCCGAAACACUUAAGAUAUUUCAAUGAGAUAAGGCACAAUAUCAAUAGCAAGUUUAUUGUCUGUAAUGUGAGUAACUGAGGUAGUUAACUUGUCCUUUGCCCCGUAGCACUGCUGAAUGUUGUUGCACAUACACACUGAAGAAAAUCACCCAUGUUGCAUUGUAUUUACAAUCUUCCCUUUUAAAAAUCCUGAAUGUUUUCACCCUCUGUAAUGCUUUGCUCUUACUAACAUGCUUGAAGCUGUAUGAAUGACAGAAUAUUCCAAAUUUUUAUAUCUUCAGAAUGUAAUGCUCAUUGUGAAAAGAAAUGACAACUUAAUGUAAAUUGCUGUAUGCUAAAAUAUUUGUAUUUAGUCUUUAUUUUAGGGCAGCCUGUAACAAGUAGCACCUCAGAUUUACUUUCCCAAUCCCUGUUCUGGAUCUCAGGUGUGUUAUGAGAAGAUGCCCAAACUAACUCAUUGAUAGAGUAGGUAAUUUUGGUAGCAGUUA